AUGUUUUUAAACCAAUUUGAAACUACAGACAAUAUUUCAAUGUCAUGGGUUGACCUUAUUUAUACGAAAACUGAUACUAUAGCCUGCAUUGGUGAAAAAGAUAAUUACAUGAUUUUAUUUUUAGUUGGUAAUAUAGAUAAUUACUUACAACACAUAAUUUUUGGAUCAUCAUUAUCAUAG